AUUAAAUCCCCUAUAAAAGGUUCCUGUCCCUCUGACCUGGUACUCCAUUCACCACCUAACAGCCACUUGCUCAUCCUGCCUGUGCAUUAGCUUGACUCCAAAGAUGCCUCAGUUACUGCGAAACAUUAAUGGGAUCAUCGAAGCCUUUGGGCGAUACGCCAGGAUGGAGGGCAACUGCAAAAUGCUCACCCGGGGGGAGCUGAAAAGGCUCUUGGAGCAUGAGUUUGCUGAUGUCAUUGUGAAACCCCAUGAUCCUGCCACUGUGGAUGAAGUCCUGUGCCUGCUAGAUGAAGAUGACACAGGGACUGUGGAGUUCAAGGAAUUCCUGGUCCUGGUGUUUAAAGUCGCCCAAGCCUGUUUCAAGACACUGAGCGAGAGUCCUGAGGGGGCUUGUGGAUCUCAAGAGUCUGGAAUUUGCCCUGCUGGGGACUCACAAGAGCUGGGGGAAGGACAGAACAGGAGAACUGAGGUGGAGCUGGCUAGGGAAGGACAGCAUUGUGAGGAGAGCCAACAUAGACAGAGCACACAAGCCUCCAGAGGACAGGUAGGGGCCAGGGCUCAGACCCAUGGUCAGGAUAUUGGCCAGGAUAGGCAGUCUGAGUCUCAGAGACAAGAGAGAGAGAGUUGGCAGACACAAGCUGGGGAAUGUACACAGCAGACCCAGAGAGUGGGAGAAGACAAGAGCCACCAGACCAGAGAGAGGGAGUCAGAGAGACAGUCGCAGGCCAGGGAACAGGAUAGAGCCCACCAGACAAGUGAAACAGUGACUGGAACUGGAACUCAGACCCAGACAGAUACCACCCAGACUAUGGAGGAAGACAGGAGCAGUCAGAUAGGAAGCCCUGGUACCCAGCCACAGGAGUCCACCCAGACCAGAGGGACUGAGGUCCAGGGUCAAGAUAGGAGUCAGACAAGCCAGAUAGUGACAGGAGAACAUGUUCAGACACCAGGAGGUGUCACCCAGACCACAGAGCAGGACAGGAGUGGUCACAUAGGAAGCCCUGGCACCCAGCCACAGGAGUCCACCCAUGGCCAGACCAGAGGGACUGAGGUCCAGGGUCAAGAUAGGAGCCAGACAAGCCAAGUGGUGACAGGAGGGCACAUUCAAACACAGGCAGGAUCACAAACCCAGACACACACCCAGACCAUGGAGCAGGGCAAGAGCCAGUCUGCAAGGCACACAGGGGAUAGAGAUGAGGGACAGAUUCAAAGGCAGUCAGGCAGUGGUCAAAGAUGGACACAAGUAAGCCACUAUGAAGCAGGAGAGGCAGAGAUGGGAGGACAGACCCAGGCUGGGGCAAGCACUCUGACAGGGAGACAGGACCGGAGCAGCACUCAACCAAGGUGUAGUGUGACAGGCGGACAGGGAGAGAGCGAAUCCACUGUGGUUACCCAAGAGUGGGUGGAUGACCACACAAGGGAUACAGCAAUCCCAAGGCAGGACCAGGGUAGCCUGCAUUCUGGCAUGCUUUCAGCCCAGGGCCCAGACACAGCCCAGCCAGAAGGAAAGCGAGGCCUCACAGCCAGGGGGCUGUAUUCCUACUUCAAAAGCAGUAAGCCAUGAGUGUCUCAGCCCCAGACUCCAGUGCCCAGUACCAGAAGAAGACAGCUGCAGAGGGGUUGGCUUGUCCUGCCCUGGCCAGUCCAGUUGGCAUAUCGGCUCUUUAUCAUGGUGUUUCUCUUAGGUCUUUCUCAGUGAGACCAUUUCUGCAAGGUGCUUUCUAUCCUAAAUUCCUCUCUCAUCUGCUCCACUGUGCAGACCCCUCAGGAACAGGAAAACACAGAGCCAAUCACUCAUUUAUGCCAGAUUCUCCUCAGCUUGUGGGGCUUUUCAUAGCUAUUUUUGUCUCCUCCAUCUGUCCAUUGCCCCAUAUAUCCUAAUGCACCAAUAAAACCUUCCUAAGCAA